AUGUUCUCGUCCAUACUUGCUCGUUCGACAAAGCGUGUCAUCCGUCGCGGUUUUCUCUGGGACAUUCAAGCUCUUAGUUGUGCGUUGAGAAAAACAUGUUGUAGCAAAGUAGCGAGUUCUGAUGAAGGACCUUUACGACUGUACAACUCCUAUCUGGAAAGGCAAGUACUUAAGCCAGAUGACUGUCAACUUCAAGUCGUCUAUCAGCUGCAAGGUUUAUACGAGCGACUCAAGGAUUAUGAUCCUCGACUACAACAGACAAGUAAGUCCGGUGUAUUGUUAAUAAAACGCUUUCGUAUACUCUGUCCCUUUGAACUGUAUCGAGCUGCAAAGGCCUUGUUUAACACACUGGGCAAUUUUAAGAUUUCCACAUUGCCCUUGCAUUUCUUAGCCCAUUCGCCCAUGGGAAUUUUGUCGAAAAACGCUAGUCGAGCGGUUGUCUAGUCACUCUCUGGCUAUAAAGAGCUUAAACUUACCACUAAGCUAUUUAAAGGUCGUGUACUUCGCGGCCUUCUGAUCCAGAUGCAAAAUAUUAGCAUACCUUAAUUUUUUUAUUUUGCUGGACAUUAGUAGGUUCAUUUUUCUUGGAAAAGUUUUAGGGAAAGCUUUUAGGAUCGUAGGAUUAGAUGAAAGGAAAGUUAAGUGGGUAGUGAAACAAGAUUUUUAUGGAAAUUUUCAGCCCAAUGUUACAUGUUUUCUGCCUUUCUUUCCGCUCUCCUCUACUGAAUUGUGCCCAUGCUGGGGUGGUUUGAAAGAUCUCUUCUCCCUGCACAAGUUAGUAUACAAAGUUGUUCUUGACUGUUAAAACUGAAGACAUCAAAAGCGUUAGAAGGGACAUGAAUCCGCAUGGGCACUCAUGGACAGUUCAGAGGUGAAUGGGUUAAGAAUUCAAAGGCAGCAAAUCAUAGUAUUUCACCCAAAUAAGUUAAAUUAAUAAGAAUCUAUUAGCUCAAACACGUAUGCGUCAUGCACUUAUCAGUGGCCAUCCGAGUGUGUUAACCCCGGGACCCUCUGGGCAUUUGUACAAUGAUGUUUACAAAUCCCCCCACCCAAGAACAAUAUUUCAGCACAAAAAGGCUACCAUGCCCUUCUCCGCUAGGUGCAUUACAAAUCCUGCAGGUCUUUCCCCUUCUACAAAAGUGCAAAGUGAUUCAAUUCUCCCAUCUUGGACUAAAAAUUAGUAGCAAAUGUCAACAAAUCCUACGUCAUGGCCAUAUUAUCUCCUGGGAUGGCUGCUGAUAAGUGUAUUAACCCAUUUCCUCCUUCUACUGGUGUACUUUAACUCAGACUAUUGUUUCUCCGAAAGUGUUUUAAAAUGAAGAUGUUCGGAACAUCUGAAGAACUUGUGUCUCUCUUCUGCUAUCAAAAUGGAUUACAAAUUGACAGGAAUACACCAAACUAAAUUUUUCUGUGCAUAAGGUGCUAAAAUUAUACAUAUUUUAUCCAUAUUAUUCCCCUGAAGGAGCUUACUACAGUGUUUUUUUUUUUGCAUGAUUAUGCAGAUGACAUGUGCUUGAAAUGUGUGAAAAAGCUUCUCCCAAUGAAAUUUAUGAUUACUGAUCACUUUCUUAUCACAAAAAAAACAUUUUUUUGUCUUCAGAUUCACAACCACAGGAAGCACCUCAGGGACUCUAUCUCCACGGAGGAGUGGGAAGUGGAAAAACCAUGUUAAUGGACAUCUUUUAUGACAGUAUUCCUGUCUUAAACAAGAAGCGUGUCCAUUUUUAUUCCUUCAUGCUGCAGCUGUAUUCACUUAUGAAUCGCUGGAACCUUUGCUGUCCAAAUUAUGAGGUGACAUUCGAUGUAACCCCAGUAGAAGCUGUUGCAUCUGAGCUAGCUGGCGAGGCAUGGUUGCUCUGUUUUGACGAAAUGCAACUGGCUGACUUUGGUUCUACUCGUCUCCUGGAAGGCGUCUUUCGAACAAUGUUGGAAAAGGGGACAGUGAUUGUUACAACAUCUAACAGGUAUUGUAAGAUUACAUAGUCGUCUUAGUCAUUUCACUUCAAAGAAGGCAAAGUCUUCAAAUUCAAGAAAAAUCUAUCACUUUCUUCUCGUAAAAUACACCAAAACAAAGUACAGAUGAAAAGGUUACAUUUAAAAAGUUACAUGUACUACAAGAUUUCAUUCAUUCCAAGAAUAUAAAGUAAUAGAGACCCGAAAUGUAAAGUCACAUUAAUAAAUUGACAACAAUUUUCCCUGGUCAGUACUUUUAUGGACCAUAGAAAUGACAUCAAAAUUUCAAUACUCAAGUGAAACCACGACCAACGAGCAAGUGGUUUCACUGCAAUGUUUGUGGGUUUGGUAGACAUCUUUGUUGAAAACAGCAAGGUGAAAAAUGCCCCCUUGCCAAAAAAAAUAAUCAAUAUGUUAGUGUAAAUAAUUGAUGCUGAGGUUUUAGCGGUAUUAUCCUGAUGGCUCUGUGCCAUUCUCUACAAAUUUGUCUUCGGUCAUAACCGAAGUGAAAGGUUUAGUUAUUGAGUUUUUAAGCUCAUUCCUUCAUCUAUAGGAUCAGAUAUGUAUGUCAACUUGUAUACCUCUAGCUUAGGGCUUUUCCUUCCUGCCGAUUGUCCAAAAGACUAUCUGGCUCUUCUGAAGGUCUGUUUAGUUCGUGCAAACGGCUAUUCUUUUCAGGAUGGUGAAUCUGAUUUUAAUGCAAUUUCAUCUCAGCGUGCUGACAGAUGCAACUUCCAAGCCCAUUCGUUUGUGUACAUAUUGUCACAGGGCUAUUCUUUAAGGAUCGUAAAGCUGGUUUUAAUGCGAUUUUCAUCUCAGACUGGUUGCUGGCAAAUGUCCGUUAGUUCAUCUACAUGCUGAUUAGCACAUCUUUCACAUUCAUUUUCCGAGCUUAAAAUUCACCAUCUUUCGAAAUUUCAUACAAUACCCUCUGGAAAUGCUGAUCGUAGCAGUUUGCAGGACACAUGUAAAACAUUUGGCCUAGUGUAUAGCGUUGCUUUCCGCGAGACUCUCUUUAGCUCAGUGAGCAGAGGGCCUUCUUGGUGUUGGAAAUGUCAUAUAGGUUUAAAUCCUGUCGGAGACUCAAGCCCUUUUUUUUGUCCCACGCUCGUGUAAUGCUGAUUAUCACACCCCUCAUGCUCAUUUCCCGAGCUUAAAAUUCACCAUCUUUCUCGAGUUUAAACACUGAUUGUUUUUAAAAAUCGUGGUUUCCAGAUCCCCCUUUGAACUUGGCACGUCAUCUUUUGGACGUGAGGAAGAGGCAUUGGACUCUGUUACUUCACUUGUGGGUUUAUUAACACGACACUGUGAGCUGGUAGCCAUGGAUUCAGAGAGAGAUCACAGAAUUUUCCAGAAACCUGGAAAGGAGACUUACUUUACCCCAAUCACGGCUGAGACAGAGAAGGCGCUGGACGAAGCAUUUUGCAAGGCAGUCGGGAGUGGACUUCGGCUUUCAUCGGUUUCUCUUCCCGUGUACGGUCGGAAGGUACUCGUGCCUGUUGCCUCAGAGAAUCGCGUGGCUCGAUUUUCUUUCAACGAACUCUGUAGAUCCCCGCUAGGUCCAGCAGAUUACAUUACCAUCUGUAAUCAUUUCCACACAAUAUUUGUGGAAGAUAUUCCCCAAAUGAAUAUUUACCAGAAGAACGAGGCUAGGCGCUUUCUAAGUUUUGUGGAUGCUGCAUAUGAGAGUAAAGUGAAGUUGUUUUGCACCGCGGCUAGCUCGCCCGAUAAUUUGUUUCAGUUGAUUCCAAGCGACGACUCACUUAACGAAGACAAGAUGCACAUUGAAAUGAUCGGGGAGUUGGCUUACGAUCUCGAGCUCACCCAACUCGAUUUGAGAUCUCUGGGGAUUUUGACCGGCGAUGAAGAAAUAUUUUCCUUCAAGCGCUGCAUUUCUCGACUCAAAGAAAUGCAAAGCGAGCUUUAUCAAAUGCAGAAGCACCGUCGCCAAGCCUUUUCGCCCUACUUGGGUUCGUUCGAGGAACGCAUUCAGUCGGAGAAUCGUCGUCGGGAACGCGAACACAAUCGGCGCUUGAAAAUGCUCGAGGCUACCGGCCAUGAAAGCAGUGAUGCUCCAAGCGAGUUGCCGCUGACGCCGCUCACUGCAGGUUCAUCAGACUGGGGCGACGAAGCAAGUUAUAUCUCUUGGAGUAAUGAUGUCAUGAGGAAGGAACUUCGUGAUAUGGAAAGGAAGAGAAGUGGAGAGUACUUAAAAAGGCACGAUGCACCGAAAUUUGGUGAAGAGCACUUCUGGGGAUUCGGUUGGUGGGAGAAACUUUUGGGAAGAAGAAAUAAGAAAGGCAAAGGCCAAGACGAACAUGAUAAUUUUAAAUAAUAUGAACGCCUUAUUCCGUAGUCCGUCGGUCUCGUCUAACUUUUUAGAGAAAUGUAAUUGAAAUCCCUUGUUGUGGACUUUCAUUUGCAAUCAAAUCUGUCCCCUCCAGAACUCUGCUUGAAUGGAAGCACCUUCCACUCUCUUAUCGAAAGUCAGCUCUGUACUAUAAAGCCGUAAGGAGGGCGUGUCUGUGGGAGGGGGUUAGGAAGGAAUGCUCAUACUCUCGGGUCGAAAGUCAGCUUUGUCCCAUAAAGCCCUAAGAAGGGUUCAAGAACAGGUGAAGACGUGAAACACGGGAAAUAUCUUUGCCUACGAACAGUCAGUCAUCUUGACGGUAGAUUGUUGGACAAGCGUGUCCAUCGACUGAUUACUACAAAUAGACCCUAUUCAAAAACUUCGUGAUGUUCAACAACGAAUUUUCGAGCAUUUCCCCUUAUGGUUCUCCUUUCAUGCACUCGCAAAAGCACAUAGCUUUCAUUAAAUCAAUUGGGUACGAAGAUGAUACUCUCUUGAAACUUUUUUCCUUUUGAAUUGUAUACAUUGCAUUUACCGAGUCGUUUUUAUAAAUCUUCUGGUCUGACAGCACAAUUAGUUGUUAUCUUUAAUUUAAUGUGAAGCAAGUUCUGCACUAGUUUCUUUUAAGACCCCAGCUUCCUAUUUUUUCGUAAGAUCGCAGCGAUGGAGCGCUUACUAGACUAUAACUGGUGGCCAUGUUGGUUUCAAAUGUAUCAAUAGGGCGGGAGUUGGAGUGUAUAGCGUAGGAUGGGGAGGCGGGAAAUCAAUACUUCAACUACAUUUACAUUUCGCAGGCUAACCAUGAAAAAAUAGUAUGAACCAAGGUGUAUUUAUUUUUGUAACUUGUAAGAUUUGCGUCUGCGUAGUUCACGAAUACGGGCAGAUUGGAACCCGGUAAUAAGUACUACCACCUUUUUAAGUCCUUUUAACCCAUUGCGCCUUGAGUAGCUCCUGGACAGUUAUCACUGUCCAAUGUAGUGAAGUGGUAUCCAGUUCAGCGCACAAAUAAAGAGGUACGCAGUUGAAAUCCUAAAAGGC